AACCACACAACAAUAAAGAAAUACUCAACAAUUUGGCGUUAAACCCUCUCACCAUUAACCAACCACCAUCAUCAUGGCUUCUUUGCAACAGAAACGGCCUUCAAUAUCAAAUUGGUUUAGCUCUCUAAGACGACAACCAAAAAAUAAGAAAUCUUCCAAUUCUCUCUACGAUGUGGAUAAACAAUAUCAACGUAGUUGCAUAGAUCUGCCCUCCAGUACAUUCUAUGUGAAUCAAAAACCAUUUAGUCCCGCGACCGCACCCGGUACUUCGACCGAUAAUUUAAUUGAUAAUGAGCGCAAAUCGAAGGCAGCAUCAAUAUGUGCCCGUUGCUGCUGUGCCAUUACACCAAAAUCACGUUCCCACACCCCGCCUCUAUCACCCAAUACGGUUACGAGUAGUAGCAGCAGUAGUAAUGAUACCAGCGCUACCAUAACACCGGAUUCCACAACGCCAACUACCUGCUCACCACCAAGAUCUCCUUCGAUUAAUCCUUAUGCCAGCAUAGCUUCGUAUAAAACGCCAUCGGAUGCAACCACGCCCACUACGCCGACUUCGGCGACAUUUAAAGAACCACCUCCCUCACCCUAUGAUAAUGUUGUCAUACCUCCUGCGAUACCAAGUAGUCACUAUGGCACGGCGGAGACAAGGCAAAAUGUAGAAAUUGUACGCCUUGAGUCAUCAUCAGGCUCUUCGACAAAAUCCUAUAAUGCCACUUCCCCGCCCGCCUCUGCACCCUGCACUCCAAAAUCACCUCUAUCACAGUGCAACAGCCCGCCCAUACUAACACAUAAAACCGAAUUUUUACGUUCCACUACCAUAACCUCAACCCGCACCAUUAUGGUAUCCCGCCCCGUUGAACUGAUAAUCAGCAGCAAAGGUGAACUGAUAUCGGCCAAAGGCAAAGCGAUCGAGAAAACAGCACGUUCCAGUAGUUUGGGCUGUGUUUUGGACGAUCCAGUGGAACAUAUAAUACCCAUAUCCACACCCACAUCACCGUUGAGUGGGUCCACGCCAUUGAUACUCGACUCUGCCAAUAAUGAAUUUAAAUUUAUCGAUGAUUCAUCAACAUCACAAUCGGAAAAUGAACGUAAUUCUCAGCAAAGCUCCACUGCAAUGGAUCAACAGCAGCAACAACAACAACAAUUCGAAUCACAACAGGAUAAAGAGAAUUACUACUAUACACUGCCAUCGAAAUUCAAAAAAAUUUCACGUGAAUCACAGCGCUCCAUGAGCAUUUCCAAUGGUAUAGGCAAAUCGAAAAAUGUAAAGGCUGGCCUUUACUAUAACAAUAAUAUCGGAAGUUUAUGCGAUGACUGCCGGACUGUCAUCGAAAGAAAUCGCAAUAAUCGUGAUAUGCAUCAGCAGCCAAGCAUGAUGUUGAGGAAUAAGCAAAUCAAAGAUGAACUAUGUGAGGUGGUUUCCGAAAUGGAGGCACUCGAUGUGCCCGAAGAUUCUAAACAUUCCAAUAAAGAUAAACAAAUGUCGAUGGGUCGUAAGAAAUUCAAUAUGGAUCCCAAAAAAGGUAUCGAACACUUGGUUGAACAUCGGUUAUUACGACACGAUCCACAAGAUGUUGCACAUUUCCUUUACAAGGGUGAAGGUCUCAAUAAAACGGCAAUAGGUGAUUAUUUGGGUGAAAAUAAUGACUUUAACAAGGAAGUUUUAAAGGCUUUCGUGGCAUUGCAUGACUUUACAAAUUUAAUAUUGGUUCAAGCUUUAAGACAAUUUUUAUGGUCCUUUCGGCUGCCCGGUGAGGCGCAAAAAAUUGAUCGCAUGAUGGAAUGCUUUGCCCAGCGUUAUUGUCAACUUAACCCUGAUAUAUUCACGAAUACCGAUACCUGUUAUGUUUUAAGUUUUGCCAUCAUCAUGUUAAAUACAUCGUUACACAAUCCAUCGGUCAAAGACAAACCCACUGUUGAACAAUUCAUUUCAAUGAAUCGCGGUAUUAACAACGGCGGUGAUUUGCCACGUACCCUGCUUGAAUCUCUCUACGAAUCGAUACGAACGGAACCCUUCAAAAUACCCCAGGAUGAUGGUAAUGAUUUAAUGCAUACCUUCUUCAAUCCCGAUAAGGAGGGUUGGCUAUGGAAACAAGGUGGCAGAUACAAAUCAUGGAAGAGACGUUGGUUUAUAUUGAACGACAAUUGUUUAUAUUAUUUUGAAUAUACAACAGAUAAAGAGCCCAGAGGGAUAAUACCAUUGGAAAAUAUAUGUGUUCGAGAAAUUCAUGAUCGCAGUAAACCCAAUUGCUUUGAACUCUUUGCUACUGGUGGAGCAGAAAUUAUUAAAGCAUGUAAGACUGAUUCGGAAGGCAAGGUUGUUGAGGGCAAACAUAGCGUUUAUCGCAUGUCUGCUGCCACAGAGGAAGAUCAACAGGAAUGGAUAAAACGGCUAACACAAUCCAUUAGUCACAAUCCGUUCUAUGAUAUUUUAGUACAAAGAAAGAAAAAAGCUUUAAGUAAAAGUUAGUAUUAGCUUUACAACAUUGCAAUAGGAACAACACGAAGAACAACAAUUAAAACAACAUCAGUGGCAUCCACAACUAUUAUAGUA